UUUGUGUUUUCUGUUAUCAUCUACGUGCUCCACCGCGCCAUCUUCAACAUGUUCUGGCCUGCCACCAACCGCACCAACACUGCACAGCUGCUGGAGUCAGUUUGGACCAUGACGUUCAGAUCAGUUUGGAACAAUGUAGACACAUUUUUGGUACUUAGUGGCCUACUGACUUCAUACUACACGACUAGAGACCUACAGGCUGGUCGAUCUCUCAACAUUCCUGCAAUGUACCUCCGCAGAUAUAUCAAGUUCACACCAAUUCUGAUGCUGGCUGUGUUUAUCAUAAGAAACACCAUUGAAGAGUUUGCGUCGAGGCCCACAAGUCAUCCAAGUUGUCAAGCGACAUGUCCAAGCCUGUCAGAACAUUUGGAAACCACUCUUCUACCUAAGCAACUUUGA